AUGGAAGAGACAUCUUCAACGAUCUGUGAAGAUUACGACGGUACAAAAAUUCUCGAGGCAGCUUUUGUUGCUAUGAAAACUGGGAGUAUCACACCUAUUAUCAAACAAGAGCUGCGGUUUAUAAUUCAGUCAAGACGCUUGGCAGAAGGCAAAUCGGAACUGGAUGUCAGUUUUGUUCCUCCAGUAACUACAGAGCUUACUCCCGAAGAACGCAUUAAGAAAGAAAACAGACGAGAACAAAACAGAAAAGCAUCUAGAAAAUUCCGGAGAAAGCAGACCGUCUUAAUACAUAAUGUUAAAAAGAGAAUGCAAACAUUGUCAUCAGAAAACACACGACUGACUAGAGAGCUGACAACGCUUGCACAGGAGAAACACUCCUUACAAGAGAAGCUGCGGUCUCAUCUAGAUGUCUGUGGUUGUGUUAUUACUACGGCCGUGUUAGUGUGA